CAAUAAAAUCUUUGGUUGAAACUACUCUGUACACAGAAUACACAAUUAACUUGUGUUUACUAUUUUUAUUUGAAUUGUUUCAGAAAUUAAUUUUCAAUGUAUUGGUCUUUUACCGGCUAUUUAUUUGUUUUUGUAUAAAGUUUAACUUUAUAAUAAAUAUUAUACACAAAUUAUAGAAUUGUAAUACAAUGUCCGGACCAGUACAAGACGUUGUAGAAGAAGAUGCAGCCGAUUUACAGUUUCCUAAAGAAUUUGAAAAUGCUGAGACUCUUCUUAUAUCAGAAGUAGAUAUGUUAUUGGAACACAGAAAAGCUCAGAAUGAAUCUGCUGAGGAGGAACAAGAAUUCUCUGAAGUUUUUAUGAAGACACUCACUUAUACAAAUAUGUUUAAAAAAUUCAAGAACAAAGAAACUAUUGCUGCUGUAAGAAACCUUCUUCAAUCCAAGAAACUACAUAAAUUUGAAGUAGCAAGUUUAGCCAACUUAUGUCCAGAAACACCAGAAGAAGCCAAAGCUUUAAUACCUUCACUUGAGGGAAGAUUUGAAGAUGAGGAACUUAGGAUAUUACUAGAUGAUAUUCAAACGAAACGCAGUUUACAGUACUAGAAAAAUAUUUUAUAUCAAGUCAUUAAUUUAUACUUUUCAUAUAUUGUUACUAUUCAAUUGAUACAAUAAAAAUAAAUUCUAUUUA